AUGGUGUCUGAUACGGAGUCAAUUGGUGAAGGAUUUGGCCUCUUUGAGGAGCCGGAGGACUUCCGCCCGGCACCACCGGAGGCGCAUUUUGCACAAUACGAAAGAGACCAGAUCUCACCGGACUCUGAAUCACAGAUAAAGCAGCUCCAGCUUCGUCUGGUGGGGAGCUCACCGCUGUGGGGACAUCUACUGUGGAAUGCGGGGAUUUACACAGCCAAACAUCUGGACGAUAACGUGCCUCUGGUCAAGAACAAGACUGUGCUGGAACUUGGGGCAGCUGCAGGUCUGCCUUCCUUGGUCUCUUCGCUCGUUGGAGCGAAGAAGGUGGUUUGCACCGACUAUCCCGAUGCAGAUCUAUUGCAGAAUAUCCAGUUCAACGUUGAUAAUGUAAUUUUCCGCGGAGAAGAGGUGGCAGAAGGGUCCAGACUGCAGAGGAACAUCGUAGUCGAGGGCUAUAUAUGGGGAAAUGAUUAUCUGCCUCUGCAGAAGCACAUUGGUGGCGAAAAUAGCAAGUUUGACCUCAUAAUUCUAAGCGACUUGGUUUUUAAUCAUACGGAGCACCAUAAACUGUUGAGAACCACAAAGGAUCUGUUGGCGGACGGCGGGAAGGCACUGGUUGUUUUCUCUCCCCAUAGACCUAAGCUGCUGGAUGAUGAUUUACGGUUUUUCGAGACAGCCAAGGAAUACGGGCUGCUAUCCACUUUUAUAGAAAUGGUCAACUGGAAGCCAAUGUUUGAAGAGGACGAAGAGACGUCUGAGAUCCGGUCCCGCGUCUACUCGUACUACUUAACACACGCCUAA